CAACAACUCUGCGGCAAUGCGUGCGAAAAGGGUCUGAAGGCGCGAGCGAUGGACGCCUUUGACUCGUAGAGUGCUCGGAGAUGUCGAAAGCGCCGAACGAUCCGUUGGACACUUAUAAGCUGGUCGUCGUCGGCGACGGAGGAGUCGGGAAGUCUGCGCUCACCAUUCAGUUCUUCCAGAAGCUCUUCGUCACGGAUUACGACCCGACGAUUGAGGACUCGUAUAUCCAGCACACGGAGAUCGACCAUCACUUGUGUGUUCUCGACGUGUUGGACACCGCGGGUCAGGAGGAGUUCUCGGCCAUGAGGGAGCAGUACAUGCGGAAGGGCGACGGAUUUCUUCUCGUAUAUUCCGUGACCGACAAACAGUCCUUCGAAAACAUCCGCCACUUCUUCACGCAAAUCCUGCGCGUGAAAGACCGCGACUCGUAUCCCAUGCUGUUGGCGGCCAACAAAGUGGACCUGGUGCACCUCCGCAAAGUGUCCGAAGAGCAGGGGCGCGAGAUGGCCGCCCAGCUUAAGGUGCCGUACAUCGAGACCAGUGCCAAAGACCCGCCCCUCAACGUGGACGCCGCCUUCCACGAAGUCGUGCGCAUCAUACGGAAUCAGCCGCAAAACGGCGACAAAAGGCGCCGGAAAUGGUGGCGAAGAGACCGGAAGCGAAAGACGUGUCAAAUCGCGUGACUUUUCUAUUUAUUAUUCGUCUCAUUAAAGCUCGUCUCGCGCGCCGACAAUCGUCUCGUCGACGAAUCGCGUCAACGACUCGAGUGUUGGCUUCGCGUGAGAUUCAAAUUUAA